GAUUAGAGACAACUGACUUCAGGGACAUAUCAUCAUGAAGCUGUCCCUUGUGGCAUGUGUUUUACUUUUGUUAGGCUAUGUGUCAUCCCAGGCCAGCGUGAGGAUCGAGGUUGACACUGGCUCAGUGAGGUACUUCUCCAGUGCAGUGCCCAAGGAAGGAAUAACCAUCACGGUAAGGUCUAUUCAGGGCACAGGCGUCCUAUAUUUCUCCACACAAACCAGGACCCCAGGACCGACCUCCAAUGAGGGCAAGGUGGACCUCGCUAAUGGCACCUCCCAUCUGGUCUUCAUAGACGGGAAGGGAACAGACGAGAUUCACGGCGCCCUAGCGGCUGUGGACUCCGGUGUAGACGGCAGCGGUGAUGGCGCAGACGAUAAAGUCAUCAUUGAAUUACAGGCGCAAAAUGGCGACCACAGACCAGAUCUGUGCGCAAGCGGUCCCUGUCAAAAUGGCGCCACGUGUCAAAAUGGCGGUAACGCCUAUAGCUGCACGUGCCCCGCGGGAUUCCAGGGAAUAAACUGUGAAAUUGACAUAAAUGAAUGUGACAGUUAUCCCUGCCAAAAUGGCGGGACGUGCCGAGACAGUGUCAAUGACUACAGUUGUACGUGUCAUCCAGGGUUCAAAGGGAAAAGUUGCGAGAUCAACAUUGAUGAAUGUGACAGCGCACCAUGUCAAAAUGGAGGAAAGUGUCAAGAUGACAUCAACGGCUACAGUUGCAUGUGUCCAGGCGGGUUCCAGGGGAAAAACUGCGAAAUUGCCCCCAAUUUCAAGAACCCAUGCCAGUCAUCUCAGUUCCAGGCCGGGCACCUGUUCUUUAAGCAUCCUAGUGACAGGUCCAAAUACGUCCAAUGUGACCUAUGGGGGAACAUGUACAUCGGGAGCUGCCCGGGUAACCUUCUGUGGAGUGAAGUCAUAGACGCCUGCGUCCAUCCUACACAUCACGCCAACUUACUGGGAGGGCGCGGCAAGAGGCUGGCGGUCUUGUUCAAUCCGUGUGCUAUCAAGGCCAACAUCGAUGCUGGCCGCCUGUACCACCCCUAUCCCGGUGACAAAGCCAAGUACAUACAGUGUGAUAAGGUCGGUAAUAUGUUCAUCAAGGACUGCGCCCCAGGGUCGUGGUGGAACCAACAAAAUGAGACCUGCGGUGAUCACGCCAAGCCAGGACCAAAACCGUUCAAUAUCAAAACUACCACCCUUCCCCCAACCACCACCACUACGACCACCCCAAAACCACCCAAAAACCCCUGCACGCAAAAGAAUAUAGCAAACGGGGCUCUGUACCACCCAUACCCCGGAGACAAGACCAAAUACAUCCAAUGCGACCUCUGGGGAAGCAUGUAUGUGAAGCAGUGCGGUGCCGGUACUUGGUGGAAUCAGAAAAAUGAAACCUGUGUUGACGCCAUCGCCGAGGCCCUGAUCAAAUACGGUGUUUUCAAGCCUGCUGUUCGUCUGGCAUCCACUCCAACCCAGGCACCUUCAACCGUAAAGCCCAUAAAGAACCCAUGUACCCCAGAGAACCUGAGACAAGGUCUCUUCUACUUCGCGUAUCCCGGUGACAAGACCAAGUUUAUACAGUGUGACACGUGGGGGGUGAUGACAGUGAGGACGUGUAGCGUUGACACUGCAUGGAACCAGAAGAAUCAGACCUGCGCCGAUGCUUUCGACGGGAAAUUGGUAAAACCUUUUGCUGCAGUGACCCAGCCCCCAACGCCAGCCCCAACAACCACACAGGCACCCACUACGAAGCCAGCAACCCAGCCUCCCAUCUCUAACCCCUGUACCCCGCAGAACAUCGCACUAAACAAACUGUUCUUCCCACACCCCUACGAUAACACCAAGUACCUCCAGUGUGAUCUGUGGGGGAACGUGUGGGAACAGAGCUGCCAACCGGGGAUGGUCUGGGACCAAAGGUACGAGACCUGCGUUCCAUCACCUGGCGGGCCAGUUGUGUUUAAAGUGACCCCUAGCACCGCGGCACCGACAACAACAACAACAACCACUACAACCACCACAACCACACCAAAGCCCACCACAACCACUACUACCACUACCCAAGCCCCAACCAACAAACCAGUCAAGAACCCCUGCACCGUACAGAACAUUAAUGCUGGUCGUAUAUACCACCCGUACCCCGGAGACAAGACCCGCUACAUCCAAUGUGACCUGUGGGGAAGCAUGUACGUGAAGCAAUGCGGUGCUGGCACUUGGUGGAAUCAGAAGAACGAAACCUGCGUCGACGCCAUCGCCGAGGCUGUAAUCAACGGUAUUGUCAAGCCCGCUGUGCGUGCAGUAUCCAUUACAAACCCCUGCACUCCAGACAACAUUGCCAAUAACAUUUUCUACUUCCCAUACCCCGGCGAUAAAACUAAAUACAUACAGUGCGAUAAAUGGGGCAAUAUGUAUGUCCAGAGCUGUCCGGCAGGAUUGUGGUGGUUUCAAAAGAAUGAAACCUGCGUCAGAGCUUUGCCUAUGCCUGCUGUCAUGAGAGUGUCCACCACCACCACCACAACCCCUGCACCACUGGUGAACCCUUGCACGCCGCAGAACAUCGUACUGGGCAAACUGUUCUUCCCACACCCCUAUGAUAACACCAAGUACCUCCAGUGUGAUCUGUGGGGGAACGUGUUUGUACAGAGCUGCAAAUCGGGGAUGAUCUGGGACCAGAGGGCUGAUACAUGCAUUCCAUCAUCUGCCGUUCCAGUUGUGUUUAAAGUGACCCCAAGCACCGCGGCACCGACAACAACAACAACCACUUCAACCACCACAACCACACCAAAGCCCACCACAACCACUACUACCACUACCCAAGCCCCAACCAACACACCAGUCAAGAACCCCUGCACCGUACAGAACAUUAAUGCUGGUCGUAUAUACCACCCAUACCCCGGAGACAAGACCCGCUAUAUCCAAUGUGACCUGUGGGGAAGCAUGUACGUGAAGCAAUGCGGUGCUGGCACUUGGUGGAACCAGAAGAACGAAACCUGCGUCGACGCCAUUGCCGAGGCUGUAAUCAACGGUAUUGCUAAGCCUGCUGCACGUGCAGCAUCUAUUACAAACCCCUGCACUCCAAACAACAUCGCCAAUAACAUUUUCUACUUCCCAUACCCCGGCGAUAAAACUAGAUACAUACAGUGCGAUAAAUGGGGCAAUAUGUAUGUCCAGAGCUGUCCGGCAGGAUUGUGGUGGUUCCAAAAGAAUGAAACCUGCGUCAGAGCUUUGCCUAUGCCUGCUGUCAUGAGAUUGUCCACCACCACCACCACAACCCCUGCACCACUGGUGAACCCUUGCACGCCGCAGAACAUCGCACUGAACAAACUGUUCUUCCCACACCCCUACGAUAACACCAAGUACCUCCAGUGUGAUCUGUGGGGGAAUGUGUGGGAACAGAGCUGCCAACCGGGGAUGGUUUGGGACCAGAGGGUUGAUACAUGCGUUCCAUCAUUUGCCGGGCCAGUUGUGUUUAAAGUAACCCCAAGCACCGCGGCACCGACAACAACAACAACAACUACAACCACCACAACCACUCCAAAACCCACCACCACCACUUCUACCACUACCCAAGCCCCAACCAACAAACCAGUCAAGAACCCCUGCACCGUAGAGAAUAUUAAUGCAGGUCGUAUAUAUCACCCAUACCCAGGAGAUAAGACCCGAUACAUCCAGUGUGACCUCUGGGGAAGCAUGUACGUUAAGCAAUGCGGUGCCGGUACUUGGUGGAACCAGAAGAACGAAACCUGCGUCGACGCCAUCGCCGAGGCUGUAAUCAACGGUAUUGUCAAGCCCGCUGUGCGUGCAGUAUCCAUUACAAACCCCUGCACUCCAGACAACAUUGCCAAUAACAUUUUAUACUUCCCAUACCCCGGGGAUAAAACUAAAUACAUACAGUGCGAUAAGUGGGGCAAUAUGUUUAUAAAGAGUUGUCCGGCGGGACUGUGGUGGUCCCAGAAGAAUGAAACCUGCGUCACCUCUGUUCCUACGCCUGCUGGCAUGAGAGUGUCUACCACGACCCCUGCACCACUGGUGAACCCGUGUACCCCGCAGAACAUCGCACUGAACAAACUGUUCUUCCCACACCCCUACGAUAACACCAAGUACCUCCAGUGUGAUCUGUGGGGGAAUGUGUGGGAACAGAGCUGCAAAUCGGGGAUGAUCUGGGACCAGAGGGUUGAGACCUGCGUUCCAUCCCGUGGUCGCAGGGCGGCAAUUUUUAGCCAUCCUUGCACUCCUGAAAACAUCAAGGCAGGCAAGAUGUUCUUUGCCUAUCCCGCUAACAAGUACAAGUAUAUCCAGUGUUCCAUUUGGGGCGGACAGUUCCUAAUGUCUUGCGGUGCAGGCACGUGGUGGAACCAGCUGGGACAGACAUGUGUUGAUGCCGCCUCUGAGGCCCUCAUCAUCGCCAGCCAUGGAAAACCAGCUUCGUGGGGCAGGACAACACCAGCACCGGGCACAACCAACAAACCCAUCGUCAACCCAUGCACCCCUGCAAAUUUGGCGUUGAAGAACAUCCUAUUUGCACACCCAUGGGAUGCAACCAAGUACCUGCAGUGCGACCCACAGGGUAUUAUGUACAUUAUGAAUUGCCCCAGGGGUACGUUCUGGAAUCAGAAAUACGUUCAGUGCUCGUCCAGCAUUGGAGACCUGGUGGGGAAAUCUACGCCUCCACCAAAGACAAAUCCACCCUCCACGGCCCCACCAACCACUACACAACCACCAACCACCCAGCCACCAACCACUACUCAACCACCUACAACAACCCAACCACCUACAACCACCCAGCCACCGACCACCACUACUACCACCCAGCCACCAACCACCACUGAAAAUGUAACAACUGUGCCAAUUACUACGAUGCCUCCAUCAACCACCGGACUCCCCAUCCCCAAUCCUUGCACUCCAGAGAAAAUAGCGGCCGGGAUACUGGUUUUCCCGUACAAACCAGACAAAUCCAAGUACCUCCAGUGUGACCUAUGGGGCAAGGUGUAUUUGGUGGAAUGUCCCAAGGGAACUCAGUGGAACCAAACAGCGGAGCAGUGUUCCGGCGGCGCCAUCACCCGUAAAACCUUCGGUAGUGGUCUGAGGACCACGUUGGACAACCCGUGUACCCCUGAAAACAUCAACGCCGGCAAGUACUACUUCCCCUACCCGGGUGACAAGACCAAGUACAUCCAGUGUGACCUCUGGGGAAAUAUGUACAUCCGGAACUGCUCCGAGGGGACCGUGUGGAACCAGAAGAACGAAACAUGCGUCCAGGUUGACCCAGAUCAGCCAGGAGCCAGUGUUAAAACAGACAAGGUGAAGCUCAUCCCGCUGGCACUUAAUAACCCCUGCACUCCAGGCAGCGUCAAGUCCGGGCACGUGUUUUACGCCCAUCCUGAUCCCAAGAUGUACAUCCAGUGUGAUCGUCUGGGAAACCCCUUGCUUCAUAAAUGCCACAGUGGCAUGAAGUGGGACGACACACAGAAGCGUUGUGUUAGUACCAAAAGUGUGGUCUUCAUCAGCGGGGCGUAAAUCAGUCCACAAUCUUUGACUUCCCACGACUUUACCAACACCAAACCUUGAUUUCGUAUGUUCUUAGUUUAGAAUUCACAAAGUCUUUUCAUGGCUAAAAUAAGACCUGCUGUAUGUGAAUCAU